AUGGUUGCCAAAAAUCCUCGUAAAUCACCUAAGAAACGUAAAGAACUUCCAGUUGCUGACUCCCUAUGGAUCUCACGAUCAAUUGCUACUAGAUACAGCGACUUCCACACUAUUCCCAAAGUGAUGGAUUUGAUAACCCAAUAUAAUUUUAGGGCUGACGGUAAUGAUACACAUUUAGAUAUAGUCGUCUGCGCCCCUGAUGAACCCUGUUGUUUCGGUGAACCUGACCCGAAUGGGAAAAAUCACACUUACCUCUUUAAAAGCCUGUUCCAAGACCUUGAAUACAAACUCCCCCUUCCUGACUUUACCUGUUCCUGCUUAACCUUAAUGAACAUCGCCCCUACCCAGCUUUCUGCUAAUGGUUGGGCUUACCUUCGAGCCUUUGAAUUAUUAUGUGUCUGCCUAGGCAUAAUACCAACUUGCAAGAAGUUUUUCUACUUUUUCGAAACCUCCGGCAUGAAGGUGAAGGGCGAAUAUAUUUCCCUAUCCUCUGCUAGGGGGCGUGGGGUGUUUACUCUCUUUAGGAGUAAUUUUAAACACUGGAAAUCCAAAUUUUUCAAAUUAAAGGAAACCGGAGAAAGUAAAGAUGUUUUCUACUUUGAUGACGGAACCCCACGAUUCCCUUUCUAUUGGACUGAUAAGCCCCAACUUAUCCAUAAUAUUCCCGAAUCCUCUCUUAGCCCCGAUGAGAAAUAUGAGGUUGAUUUCUUAUCCACAAUUCAUUUGAACCUUUAUGAUUUCUAUGAAGCAUUCAAGAAAAGAAACUUAUCCUAUUUUGUUGCGAAGAUGUCUCGCCUUUCUGAAGACGAUAUUCUCCGCUUCCGCCGCGAGCAACAGGCGUUGAAGAAAAAGCAAUCUCCUGCCAAGUCCCUAACCGAACCUGAAGGGAGUCACUCUGAGACGGAGAAGAAUCCAGCCCCGAAAAGAAGAAAGAAAAACCAAAGUUCUGAAAAGACUGCUGAGAAAGCCACCAUUCAAACUCCGCUGGAAAAAUUCACAACCAAAGGGGCGAACCAAUAUGGUUCCUCAAGCGCUCCACCUCCCUCGUGGAAGAACGAACUGAAAGAAUUCGAGGACAUGACUUCAGAAGAAAUUACUUCCUUAUGGGAUUCCCGCAUCAACUUCAACUCUCUUGUGGAGACCAACCUUGUAUUUGAAGCUGAUAAGGAAAAGAUGAGGAAAAUUGGGCUUCAAGAAGCCUGCCAGGCCGUCAUGACUAAAAGUUUGGAAAUUGCUGCCAUUUCCAAGAUGAUAGAAAUUGAGUCCAGCCACUUUGAUGGGCUUUCUAACGCUAAGAAGCUGGAAGAUAAAGAAAAAGAAAAUGAAAAGCUGAAGUCCACAAUGAAGCUGUUGGAAAAAUCUAACAAGGCCAACGAGAAGAAAGCCGCUGACCUGGCUUUAGAACUUGAAAAAUUGAAAAAGACUGUGGAAGAAGGUGAAGCCUUACUGAAGGCGAAGGAAGAAGAAACACAAAAAAUGAAGGAAGAGGCGAACUCCUUGGCCUCAGAAAAACAAAUUUUGAACAAGACUGUUGAUGAUCUUACUGCCGAAACGGCAUCUUUGAAAGCCUCCAUUCUUUCCCAACUUGAGGCUGGCUUUAACAAAGCUAAGGAGCAAAUCUUGUUCCUAAAUCCUGACGUGCCUAUCAAGACUGAAGGCGUUGAUCCUUAUGCUAGGAUCAUUGAAGGAAAAUUAAUCACGCCCAACUUUGAUGAGGAAGAAGAAGAAGAAGAACAAGAAGAAGAAGAAGACAAGGAGAACAACAACAACAACAACAACAACAACAAAGAGGGCGAAGGGGAAAGCAAUUGAUCCUUCCUAAGAAAAACUGAAAUGAUGUUUUGUUCCCGUUGGUCUUAUACCAAACGGUUGACUUAGU